CACCCUUCCUCCCUCUCUCAAAAACACCAAAUUUACAUUUCGAGACCCUCCACAGUUUGCCCUAGCCAGAUGAUUGGAGUUCAAAUAAAGGUAUGAGUCUGGCAGAAAUCUAUUGAACUCUGAAAUCAAUAUGGUUUCUGAAACAGUUCGAGUGAGUUGUGUGACAAAUGGGGGGACUGAGAGCAACCAAGGUUUUAAAAGAAAACAUUUGGGAUCUAAUGAGCACGCAGAAGCUUCUUGUCAUAAUGGUUCGGAUGCCAGAGGGGAUAUAGGAGCAUCAGGUCGAGAUUUGACUGCCAAUGUAGACGAAGACACACAGCUCGACAAUGCUUCUAAAAAGGUGAGACUGCCAAAAGAAUUGACUUUGCGGGAUAUGUUCAAUGACCAAAAUGCAUUUGAUGAUGAUGAUGAGGAUGACAGUGACUGGGAGCCUGUACAAAAGCACAUAGAGAUUUUGAAGUGGUUUUGUACAAACUGCACUAUGGUCAAUCUUGAUGAUGUUUUCCACUGUGAUAUUUGUGGGGAACAUAAAGAAUCUGGCAUCCUAAAGCAUGGGUUUUAUGCAUCUCCUUUUUCACCAGAGGUAGAACUUAUUCAGGUUGAAUCAGAAGCCAGAGUUAGAGACGAAGAUAUUUGGUCAGAGGCUUCAUCUUCAAACUGUUCCACAGCUGUUGGGUUUGAUGAGAGAAUGUUGCUGCACACAGAGAUUGAAAUGAAGUCACAUCCACAUCCAGAAAGACCAAAUCGUCUUCGAGCUAUUGCUGCUAGCCUUGCUUCUGCUGGUAUAUUUCCUGGAAAGUGCUGCCCAAUUCCUGCUAGAGAAAUCACUCCGGAGGAGCUUCAAAUGGUAAGGGCUAUUUUGUUUAAUUUGCUUAUUCCAUUGUCUCUUUAU